CAAUGAUAUAAGUGACUUAUUUUUGAACACAAACCGGUGAUCUCUUGGGUCAAAUUGCUGACGUUGUGAAGUACAGCGACGUGACGAUGAUUUUGGUUGGAAUCUUUCAAUGUGAAAAUUGAACGACUGAUUUACCAAAUAAGAAUUUCGUAUAUUCUAAUUAAUAGUAGUAAAACGUAAUAAUGCAUACCUUUUUCACGCGCGGUAAUGCUAUUUUAGCGUAUACAUUGAGUGUUUUGGCGUGUGUAACAUUUUGUUGUUUUCUUUCUACUGUAUUUAUCGAUUAUAGGGCAAAUGCAACGUUAGAAACUGUAACAGUAGCUGUAAAAAACGUGCCAGAUUAUAGUGCAUCAAGGGAAAAGAAUGAUUUGGGUUAUUUAACCUUUAACUUACAAACUGAUCUCACUCCGUUGUUUAAUUGGAAUGUUAAACAAUUAUUUUUAUACCUCACAGCUGAAUAUCAAACAGAAAACAAUGAUUUUAAUCAGGUAAUAUUAUGGGAUAAAAUAGUACUUAGAGGAGAUAAAGCUGCACUAGAGUUUAAAACUAUGAAUACAAAAUAUUACUUUUGGGAUGACGGUAAUGGUUUGAGGGGAAAUAAAAAUGUAACGUUAACAUUAUCAUGGAAUAUUAUACCAAAUGCAGGACUUCUACCAGGUGUUAAUGCCUAUGGUUCUCAUACUUUUGCAUUCCCAUCUGCAUAUACCUCAUUACGUGUGUAAGACACAUUGAUACAUGUAAUAUUUCAAUAUUUAUGUAAAGUAAAUGUAUAAUGAAUGUAAUAUUAUUUUCAUGUAUCAUUAUUAAAAACUUGGUCAUACAUAAUUUGAU